AUGACUGACAGCCACUGCCGUACUUACUUGUGGCCCAGUGUCCACAGAGAUGGCGACUUUAUGCUGGGUGUGUUUUUCCCUCUUUACUAUAUGGAAAUGGAAAGAGACAUGAUCCGGUUAUCUUUUUUACUCAAGCCUGAGGAUAAAGUGGGUGCAUCUUGGUGGUUGUGGAAGAACUACCAAUAUGUGCUGGCCUUUCACUUUGCCAUCCAGGAGGUCAAUAAGGACACCCACUUACUCCCCAAUCUGUCGUUGGGUUUCCAAUUCUACAAUGCGAUUCCUAGUGACCAGUUCACCUUGUGGAACACCCUGUAUUGGCUUUCAGGAAAGAAUGAAAUGAUCCCUAACUACACCUGCCAGACACAGGAAAAAUUAGUUGCAGUUAUUGCAGGGACCACAUCAGCAUUUUCUGCUGAAAUUGGAACACUUUUGGAACUCUACGGAACCCCACAGCUGUCAUAUGGCCCUUUUGAUCCCAUGCUAAAUGACAAAGACCAGUUUCCAUCCCUGUAUCAGAUGGCUACAAGUGAUGGUUUCCUAGCCCAUGGAAUGAUCUCCUUGUUGCUGCAUUUUGGCUGGACAUGGAUAGCACUCUUUGUAUCUGAUGACAUGAAAGGAGAGUGGUUCCUUCGCGAUAUCAAAGCAGAGAUGGUCAAGAAAGGUCUCUGUGUGGCCUUUGAAGUGAAGCUUCCUGCCACUAAGAGAAUGUUUGCUUCAACCGAUAUCACUUUCAUGACUAGGCUCAGUGUUUCAUCUGCAAAUGUGCAUAUACUCUAUGGUGAUGUAAGGAGCCUCAUCCAUGUGGACAUUGUAGGACAAUUCUUUUUAACCACAGGGAAGGUGUGGGUCAUGGCAGCAAAGUGGGAUAUUGUUGUGUAUGAGACAUACCACAUGCUGCACUCUUUGCAUGGAGGCUUCUCAUUUUCUCCCCACAGAGGGGAAAUCCCUGGCCUCAAACAUUUCUUAAAGACAGUGAACCCUUCCAAAUACCCAGAAGACUUUUACUUCAGUAAAUUGUGGCUUCACAUUUUCAACUGCUUACCUGAUGGCUCCUUUUGUGGAAAAAUUGGGUUGUGCCCACCAAAUGCUUCCUUUGAAUUUUUCCCUGGAAACAUUGAUAUGAUGACCAUAUCUGACUCCAGUUAUUUUAUCUACAAUGCCGUGUAUGCCCUGGCCCAUGUGCUACAUAAGAUGCUUUUGGAGAAAGUAGACAUACUGUCUUCAGGAGAUUCAUCCCAGCCUAUGCUUCUCCCCUGGCAGCUUCAUCCACCUUUAAGGAAAAUCCAAUUCACUAACAAUGCUGGCGAUGACAUAUCCUUCCAUGAAACAAGAGACCAUAUGGCACAUUAUGAUAUCCAGAAUAUUGGAAAUUUUCCUGUUGGUCUUCAGUUGUUGAUUAAAAUUGGAGAGUUUUCCUCCAAGAGUCCCCAUGACCAAGCCUUGGUCAUCAGCAAAGAGAUGAUAGAAUGGCCUAUUGCAUUCAAAGAGACACCCCAAUCUGUGUGUAGCCAGAGCUGUGGCCCAGGAUUCAUGAAAAUACCACAGGAAGGAAAACCUGUCUGCUGCUAUAGUUGUACUUUCUGUCCGGAGAGAUACAUUUCCAAUCAGACAGAUGCAGACCAGUGUAUCCAGUGUGCAGAGCAUGAGUACCCAAACAGUGAGAGAAAUCGCUGCCUCUCCAAGCUGGUGACCUUCUUAGCCUUCGAGGAUUCCCUGGGGAUGGCUCUGACCUGCAUGGCUCUGUGCUGCUCUGUCAUCACAGCUGCAGUUUUGGGUGUCUUUGUGAAGCAUCGACACACUCCGAUAGUCAAGGCCAAUAAUCGGUCUCUCAGCUACAUCUUGCUCAUCUCCCUCCUCCUGUGCUUUCUCUGUUCCUUACUCUUCAUUGGCCGUCCCCAAACAGCCACCUGUAUCCUCCAGCAAAUAAUGUUUGGCCUUGUGUUCACAGUGGCUGUUUCCACGGUGCUGGCCAAGACCAUCACUGUGAUUCUGGCCUUCAAGGUUACGAAACCUGGAAGAACCACGAGGCAAUUGCUGAUAUCAAGCGUUUCUAACUCUGUCAUUCCCAUCUGCUCCCUGAUCCAGCUGAUUUUUUGUGGUAUUUGGUUGGGAACCUCUCCUCCCUUUAUUGAUAGAGAUGCUCACGCUGAGCAUGGCCACAUCAUCAUUGUGUGCAACAAGGGCUCAGUCACUGCCUUCUAUUGUGUCCUGGGAUACCUGGGCUUCUUGGCACUGGCGAGCUUCACUGUGGCUUUCCUAGCCAGGAAUCUGCCUGACACAUUCAACGAAGCAAAGUUCCUGACGUUCAGCAUGGUGGUAUUCUGCAGUGUCUGGGUCACCUUCCUCCCUGUCUAUCACAGCACCAAAGGGAAGAUCAUGGUAGCAGUGGAGGUCUUCUCCAUCUUGGCCUCCAGUGCAGGGCUCUUAGGUUGCAUCUUUGCUCCCAAGUGCUAUAUUAUUCUCAUAAGACCUGAGAGGAACUCUUUGAAAGAUUUUAACAACAGGAAAUGCUCUAAGGGAUCGUGA